GGACGGUAAUGGAAGUAGUUAGGUGUUCGGAGCACGGGACCAUCUGCUUUUUGAAGACCGGCGUCCGCGAUGGCCCGAAUAAAGGGAAGAGCUUCUACGUAUGCCGGACGGACACGUGCGGCUUCGUGCGGGCGGCCGACAUUCCUGUUUCUUAUUGUUUAUUUCAUGAGGACUUUGUGGUAGAGCUUCAGGGUUUGUUUCUACCACAGGGCAAGAAAGAAUACAGAUUGUUCUUCCGAUGUGCUAAAAGUAAGGCAGAGGGGAAACGCUGGUGUGGAAAUGUUCCAUGGCAGGAUCCCAAUUCUAAAGAACAUCCUGUUACCCAUAAUUCUCAACAUGCAUCCAAGCCAGUUCCUUGUCCUUCUAGUCAGCCUAGAAAUCCAUUCAAGGUGCUGAAUAAGAAUCAAAAACCAGCUCAAUGGAAACAGUUUGUCAAAGAGGAAGGCGAGGAAAAGAUAGCUGAUAAGGAGUCAAGGGAAGAGGGAAACCAGCUCUUGGUUGAAAAGAGAGAACAGAAGUCUGAGUCUAACUGCUGGGUAGAGAAAGAUCUCUCAUCUGGCCUGGUGACAAAGAAGGGACAAUCUGGAGUUGAGAAGAAGCAGGAGGAGAGCACACAGUUUCAGGGUGAUGCAAAAGAGACUGGAGGAGUUGCAUCCAAACAGCGCCAUGGGAAUGAACCAAGAGGAACAUCCACGCCUCAGAAGUCAGAUGGUCCGAGUCAGGAUAUACAAAACAGAUCAAAACCUCUCAGAGAAAAGGUGACCCAGCUUUUGCCUCAGAAUAUUCAUGGUCAGGACCCAGUAAGCCAGUCCCAGAAAGCAGGACACCUCGGCAAGGAGCACAUCAAGAACUGGAAGGCUAAAGAAGCAAAGGCCGAGAGAGUCCCGAGCACACAGACCUUCCAGGAAAGGCUGCCUCAGGGGCAUUUCCAGGCACCUCCAGAGACCCAUUGGCCAGCUCCUACGGGUCCUGUGCCAUCAGGGCAUUUCCUGGGAGAGGGGCGACCUCUGGGAUUGGGGCACCGAGCUUCUACCAGCAGUAGUGAGAGUGAGGAGGAGGAGGAUAGAACUUCCUCUGAGCCAGGAAGCCCCCUUCUCUUUGACUUGACCGAGGACUCACAGAAGGAGGAGAACCUUCAAUUUCCUGAUCAAAGUGUGAAAAGACGAGUGUCUGCCACCUCAGGCGUUCCCAAGAAGAUAGAGCCCUCUGAGCUAGCAGCCCAGCGGGUGCACCUCACAACACAGCUGAAAAAGAAGAAGAGCACACUGGCAUCGGUGAACAUCCAGGCUCUUCCAGACAAGGGUGAGAAGUUGAUCAGGCAAAUCCAGGAGUUGGAGGAAGCACUCGGUGCUCUUGCCCUCUCCCCAGACCAAGAAACUAAUGAGAAUAACAACACUGAAGAACGACAGCAGAAUAACUUCACAAAAACUACCAGUGACCCUCCCUUGUUGGUGCCUCCCCAACCCCUUCCGGGUCAUGAUGUCCAGCCUUUGGGCUCUCUAGGACUAAAGGCAGCCUGCCAGAUAACUGCUGGAGGCCCUACAAACCAAGAUCGCCUUCAUGCAGUGUGGAAAAUCACAAGUGAAGCCAUUGAUGAGCUGCAUCGAUCACUAGAGUCACGUCCUGGUGAGACAGCAGUGGCAGAAGACCCAGCUGGCUUGAAGGUUCCUUUGUUACUGCAUCAGAAGCAGGCAUUAGCCUGGUUACUAUGGCGGGAAAGUCAGAAGCCACAAGGAGGCAUUCUGGCGGAUGAUAUGGGUUUAGGAAAAACCCUGACGAUGAUUGCGCUCAUCCUGGCCAAGAAGAACGAGGAGAAAAGCAAAGCAAAGGACAAGAGCGUGGCUGUGACAUGGCUUUCCAAAGAUGAUUCCUCUGACUUUACUUCUCAUGGAACACUAAUUGUCUGCCCUGCUUCUCUGAUCCAUCAUUGGAAGAAAGAGGUAGAGAAACAUGUGAACAGCAGCAAGCUGAGAGUCUAUCUCUACCACGGGCCAAACCGGAGUCGACAUGCGAAAGUCCUUUCUACAUACGACAUCGUUAUUACUACUUACAGCCUUCUAGCCAAGGAGAUUCCCACAACGAGGCAGGAGGGAGAGGUCCCAGGAGCAAACCUCAAUGUGGAGGGUACCUCAACGCCUUUGCUUCAAAUAUUCUGGGCCCGAGUCAUAUUGGAUGAAGCUCACAAUGUGAAGAAUCCCCGAGUUCAGACAUCUGUUGCUGUGUGUAAGCUACGAGCCCACGCCCGCUGGGCUGUCACUGGCACCCCCAUUCAAAACAACCUGUUGGAUAUGUAUUCACUGCUGAAGUUUCUACGCUGUUCUCCAUUUGAUGAGUUUAAUCUUUGGAAAAGUCAAGUUGACAACGGGUCAAAGAAAGGAGGAGAACGCCUAAGCAUUUUAACCAAGAGCCUUUUGCUGAGGAGAACAAAAGACCAACUGGACUCCACUGGUAAACCCUUGGUGAUGCUGCCCCAGCGUAAAUUUCAACUGCACCGGUUAAGGCUUUCUGAAGAUGAAGAGACUGUUUACAGUGUCUUUUUCGCAAGAUCAAGGUCAGCUCUACAGUCCUAUCUAAAAAGACAUGAAAGUGAGGGCAACCAAUUUGGAAGAAGCCCUGAUAAUCCAUUCAGUAGAGUGGCACAGGAGUUCAGGUCCACUGGGAUUGAGCACUCUGCAGCUGCAGACGUCCAGAGGUCCAGCACUGUGCACAUACUGUCCCAGCUGCUGCGGCUCCGCCAGUGCUGCUGCCACCUUUCCUUACUGAAGUCGGCUAUGGAUCCCACAGAACUGAAGAACGAAGGUCUUGUCCUGUCACUGGAAGAACAGCUCAGUGCUUUGACUUUAUCAGAACUUUCCAACUCACAGACGUCCCCAGCUGUCUCCCUUAAUGGCAUGUGCUUCAAGGUGGAGCUCUUUGAAGACAUACGAGAGAGCACCAAGAUCUCAUCUCUGUUAGCAGAAUUGGAGGCAAUUCAAAGAAAUCCAGGGUCCCAAAAGAGUGUCAUUGUCUCCCAGUGGACCAGCAUGCUGAAAGUGGUAGCAAUGCACCUUAAGAAGCAUGGAUUGAGUUAUGCCACCAUUGAUGGCUCCGUCAAUCCCAAACAGAGGAUGGACUUGGUAGAAGCAUUUAACCACUCCAGGGGCCCUCAGGUUAUGCUAAUCUCUCUUUUGGCUGGAGGUGUUGGUCUAAACCUGACUGGAGGAAACCAUCUUUUUCUUCUGGACAUGCACUGGAACCCGUCACUUGAAGAUCAAGCCUGUGACCGAAUUUACCGAGUAGGGCAGCAGAAAAAUGUUGUCAUACACAGAUUUGUUUGUGAGGGAACAGUGGAAGAGAAGAUCUUGCAGCUCCAGGAAAAAAAGAAAGAUUUGGCCAAACAGGUUCUAUCAGGAUCUGGAGAAACUGUCACCAAGCUCACCUUGGCUGACCUCAAAGUCCUUUUUGGCAUCUAACCUCCUGUCUGUAGGAGGAGAACAGUGCCGUUGCUGGUUUGUAUUAGGAUCUGGGAAUGACAUACUGGCCAUGACCCUUGAGCUCUAAUAUCGCAUUUCACCUUCAAGCCUUAACACUCUCCUCUAAAUGCUGCAUUAUCUUAUCCCUAGAAUACCCACCUAGAAGGUGGGUAUCAUGUCAGCCAGUUGGUUAAUCAAUCAUGUCAUUCAAUCAGCUUGUUUAAUAAGCUGCAUAGAAACCAGUCAGUUAUUUCAGAUAAAAAAUGCCUUUAGGUGGUUCUGGAAGAACUCUUGCAGAAUUGUAUAUAUGCUUUAGUAGAGCUCAGAAAUCUCAGUUGCUGGGCACAGUGGCACAUACCUAGAAUCCCAGCACCCAGGAACAAAGGCAGUAUGAUCGUGAGUUGACAGCGUGGCUACAUAGUAAGAUGCUAUCUCAAAACAAAACAGAAAGAACCUGUGUUGCAUGUUUUUUUCCUCAGCCAACGGGAAAACCAGUGUUACUACCUUUUCUAACAGGGACUCCAUCCCAUCACUUCGUCUCUUCUUGCUACCAAGGCUGCUCCUGUCAGUAUCUCUGUGGGCUGAACAGAGUGGAUCCCCACAGCCAGCCAUCCCUCUGCAGCUGUCGCAGUUUAGGCCUUUCUCCUCUCAGGUCUAACGUCAAGGAGUUGCUUUACACAUGAACUGAUGUCAAGUACUGUAUCAUUGUUUCAUUCAGCCUCAUCACAUCAUUGCUUCAUUUAGUAGUGUAUCACUUAGCAUCAGCGUGACUGUGUCAUUUAUUUUUAUCACUGUCAUUUAGAAUUUAUAUCAUUU